UGGAGUAUUUCUAUGUACAUAUAUUGAAGAGUAUGUAAGAAAGUAAACAAGGACGGAUCUGAAAAAAAGAUUUUAAUAUAUUUGUGAAUUUCAAAGCAGCGAAUGCAAAUAUUUAUUUUAUUGUAUUAUUUCUUUUUAAGUUUAUUAAUUCAACAUGGCUACGGAUGGAGAAAUUGACAAGGAUUGCCUAGUUCGAGUGGCAGUGCGAAUUCGUCCACAAAAUUCAAGAGAGAUCAUUGACAUGUGUCGGAUAUGUACCACAGUAACACCUGGUGAGCAGCAAAUAGUUCUAGGAUCUGAUAAGGCGUUUACUUUUGAUUAUGUUUAUAAUGUGGACUCUAAUCAGAGUGAUAUAUAUGAUGAAUGCGUUAAGCGCUUGGUUGAAGGAACUUUACAUGGAUAUAAUGCUACAGUCCUUGCGUACGGCCAAACCGGCUCUGGCAAGACCUAUACAAUGGGAACUGGAUUUGAUCACACUUCUGGGGACUAUCAACUGGGCAUAAUACCCCGCGCGAUACGACAUAUAUUCGCUGGCAUCGAAAAGUUGCAGCAUCCAGAAGACAGUGAUACCUCCGCCACAAAUUCGCAGUUCAGCGUGGCUGUUCAGUUUAUAGAAUUGUAUAAUGAAGACAUUAUUGAUUUACUGGAUCCUUUUAACAAGAAUUCUACUUUCAAAAUACAUGAAAGUGCAAAUGGGCAAAUAACUGUGGCAGGUGCUACUAUUAAGCCAAUCAACGAGCCCCAAGAUGCUUUAAAAUUGCUACAGCAAGGCGCUUUAGCGCGAACGACAGCUUCAACUAAAAUGAAUGAUCUAUCAUCACGAUCGCAUGCAGUGUUUACGUUAUUUGUACGCAGGCAACAUAUAAUCGAGCCGAAAAUUGAUUUUAGCGAUAGUGACUUUGAGACUUUGACGUCUAAAUUCCAUUUUGUUGAUUUGGCUGGUUCGGAGCGUUUGAAACGAACCUUGGCGACGGGAGAUCGUGCUCGCGAGGGUAUAUCAAUUAAUUGUGGACUACUAGCACUGGGCAAUUGCAUUUCAGCGUUAGGCGAUAAAUCGAAGAAAGUCUCACAUGUACCAUAUCGAGACUCGAAGCUAACGCGUCUUCUUCAAGAUUCUCUAGGUGGCAAUAGUCAAACCUUAAUGAUUGCUUGCAUCUCACCAAGUGAUCGUGACUUUAUGGAAACAUUGAAUACACUAAAGUAUGCAAAUAGGGCUCGCAAUAUCAAAAACAAAGUUCAGAUCAAUCAGGAUCAAAGCUCUCGAACUAUAUCGUUACUCCGAAGAGAAGUCGCUGCCUUGCAAUUGGAGCUUUUGGAGUAUAAGCAGGGCAAACGUGUAUUGGAUUCGCAAGGAAAUACCUUAAUAUCAGAUACAUAUUAUGAAAAUUCCAUGCUGUUGGACGAUAAUAAACGUUUACAACAGCGCAUAAAAUCAAUGCACGAGACCAUCAAUAUAUUAAUUGAUCGCAAUGCUAAGCUCAAACUGGAGAAGCAAAUGCAUGAAUGGUCAAAAGAUACUAACUCCGAUAUGUCAGUCACAAACUUGGUUGAAAACUAUUUGACCGAGAUCGAAAAAUUGCAGGCCAAACUUGUAGAAUCGGAAGAGAUGUGUCAACAAUUGAAGAAACUUAAUUCCACGGGAACUUCACCGAGAGUUAACAAAACGAUAUAUGAAGAUCCCAACGUUAUCAUCGACAUAGCUAAGAGGGGCUUAGAGAAGGAAAGAGAAUUGCUAAUGUCGCGAUCAUUACCCGGAAUAACAAUCGAAGGCUCUCAAAUGGCUGAGCUGGAGUCUUCAGAUAGUGAAAGUGAUUCGAAUGAGAAAGAAAUGGAAGAAAAUUUAAAUGAAAUCAAUUCAGAUAUUGAAAUAAAAACAAAAUUAAUUGAGCAGCUGGAAUUGUCUCAAGAGCGGAUGCAAGUUAUGCGGCAACACUAUGAAGAAAAACUUAAUGUCCUAACAUCUAAAAUAUUUAGCACGCAAAAGGAAAGAGAUGAGGUGUUGGCGAAUAUGGCAUCGUCUAUGGUUAGUCAACCGAAAGAUAAUGUAAAAGCAGUUAAAAUGGAGUAUGAACGUAAGCUAAAUGAUAUGAAUCGUGAACUGAAAAAACUGCAGCAGACACAAAAGGAACAUAUUCGACAGCAAAAGGAAAUAAAAACACAAGAAAUAAAGCUGCAAAAUUUGCGAAUGGAACUCAAUGAUCUAAAAUGUAGUAAAGUAAGGUUGAUGAAAAAAAUAUCAGAACAAACAAGCCGACACCGAGAAGAAAACACAAGGAAGACGCAAGAAAUUGCGCAAUUACGAAAAGAACAGAGGCGACAGAAAAAUGCAGUUAUGACCUUGCAGGCCAAAAUGAAUGCAAAGGAACAAAUUUUAAAACGGAAAACAGAGGAGGUAUCCGCACUUCGCCGAAGCCAACGCAGUGGGAAUGUACAUCAAAGAGCGAACAGACAAACAGCGUCAAAAAUCGAACAGGCACGAGCAUUACACCAUCGUUGGGAAACCUUGUCGCGUAGCGUAGUUCAUUCUGCCAGAAACAAGCAGUUGAUAAGUCAAUUGGAAACGGAGCUGGAACGCCUUGUGAAUGAGAGGGAGCAGCUAUGCCGAGAGCUUAAAGCAAUCCAAGAUCCCCAACAUAUUGACAAGGCAUCCGAGUACUCAAACGAAGAAGAUAAUUUAAAAACCAACAUUAGCUAUAUACAAGAGAAUAUAGAGCAUAUACAAAAGGCUAUCAUGGAAUUCGAAGAUGUUAAGGAUCCUGCAAACAGUGAUUCAAAUAAAAUUCAACAUAUCUUAGACACAAUAAGUUCAAUUGAAGAGGCAAAAUACUUACUGCAAAAGUUGUCUGACAAUGCAAUAUUUAUAACGUGCAAUUCGUCAAUGAUCGAAAGCCGUUUGCAAGAGCAUGAGGCGUUGCUUAAAGAGGCCCAGCAUGAAAGUAGCAUCCAGCAACAAUUGCUGCAAUAUUUUUUGUCGAACAACACAAAUGUGCAAAUUUCGGAUCUGUUUGAAUCGAUGAAUAUUGAUGACAAGCUGCAGUUGAGCAAUUUAAAUCGAAGUUGUUCGCAGCAUUCUUUAAUCAGCAACGGAACAUACGACAUUCCCCGCACUACAUCCCAAGACAGUCCUGUUUAUACGAUAGAACAUCUACCCAAAAGUAGAUGUUCGCCACCCAACACAUCCAUGGAAACCUCUUCCGACAAAAGCCCGAAAGUGCGUAGGCGAACAGCCAUGCGUGAUGAUCUCCUUUUUGGGGAAAAAGGAUUAUCGAAUCAAUCACUUAGGCCACAUCAUUAUGCGAAACGAACCAUAAGUCUUCCAAGUGCAUCGGAGUCUUCGUAAUAAGUUCGUAUACA